AUGGCUCUAGUCGUCAUCUGCGGUCAACCCUGCAGCGGGAAGUCAACAGCCGCUGCCUGCCUCCUCGAAGCCCUUGAAGAAUCCGAGCCCAAUCUCCCGGCCCGCAUCAUCAACGAAUCGUCCUUCCACCUCGACCGCAACCAAAGCUAUGCUGACAUGGCUUCCGAAAAAAACCUGAGAGGCAUUCUAAGGUCCGAAGUAGACCGCUCGAUUUCUCCCAAUACCAUAACAAUAGUCGACUCCCUUAACAACAUCAAAGGCUACAGAUACGAGCUUUGGUGCCUUGCUCGGGCUGCUGGGACCCGCUACUGUGUCCUGCACUGUGACGCCGGCAAGAACGAAUGUCGCGAAUGGAAUCGAGAGCGUAGAGAGAGAAAUAGAAAUGACCCGUCUUUUUACGAGGACAGAAUUUUCGAGGAUUUAGUGAGAAGAUUCGAGAGGCCUGACAGCAAAAACCGGUGGGACUCGCCUUUGUUCGAAAUACAGCCAUGUAAGGGUAGAAUCGUAAAAACGUCCCCUGCCAUAUUGGAAGCCGUCGAUUACCUGACGAAAAAAGUGGACUCGAAAACGAGAGACGUCAAGAUUCUGCAGCCGACGAUUGCGACUCAGACGAGCCGCGGAGGGGAAGCGAACUCUCUUUAUGAGAUGGAUCGGGCCACGCUGGAGGUUGUGAAUGUGGUUGUGGAGGCACAAAAUCGGGCUGUGGGGAGUUCGGUUGGUGGGGUUUUUGUUGGGCCGGGCCUGCCAAAUGUGGAGGUCUCGAGGCCCGUUGGGCUGCCCGAGCUGCGCAGGCUGCGGAGGACUUUUAUUAAGCUGACGGGCCAGUCGAGCCUGAGCGGGCCCCCGCCGCCCUCGGAUGCGGACAGCGCGAAAAGGAUGUUUGUGGAUUAUUUGAACAGGGAGUUGGGGAGUGGAUGA